AUGAAGUCCUCCAGCAGCUGCUCUGGAUUGUCAUUCAAGUCGCAAGUGUUAUAUUUUAUGGUGUUUGUGACACGCUAUUUGGAUCUCUUCUGGGCGUUCACCGACUCCCUGUACAAUACCACCUUCAAGAUCCUGUUCAUCGGCUCCUCUGCGUAUAUCAUCUACCUCAUGCUGAACGACUAUAAGCCGACGCACGACCCCAACAUCGAUACAUUCAAAGUGCAGUACCUUCUCGGGUUCAGCGCUCUCCUUGCUCUGAUCUUCCCCCCCGAUUACAGCUUCUCCGAGGUGAGAACCACCGCCCGUUGUGGCUCGCGAACGGUAGCUGACGUGCCUCAGAUCCUGUGGACAUUUUCGAUCUGGCUCGAGUCUGUCGCUAUCCUCCCCCAGCUCUUCAUGCUGCAGCGCACUGGCGAAGCCGAUACCAUCACAACUCACUACCUCUUUGCGCUGGGCUUGUACCGCGCCCUUUACAUCCCGAACUGGAUCUAUCGCUACUUUGCCGAGAGCUAUUUCAAGCCCAUUCCGGUCAUCGCGGGCAUCGUGCAGACGCUCUUGUACUCGGACUUUUUCUAUAUCUACUACACGAAGGUGAUGAAGGGGAAGAAGUUUUCCCUUCCCGUUUGA